GUGGUGUUUACCUAAUAGGUGUUGGUGUAGCUUCUUGUCUUUGUGUGUGCCUCCUGGAGUUGCAUGAAGCGAUAUUUUUGAAAACUUAAACGUGAGUCCUUCUCCAAGAAGACCGCUCCAUAUUCUGAAACUUUACUUUUUAUGUGUAUCCCUCUCGAGGACGUAUGAAUUGAUUUUGAUUACGUGUGUGCCUCCUCGGGAAGACCUGUCUGCAUGUUUGUGAUUUAAGUAUCUUGUAACUUAAGUGUGAAAUCUGAACUCUUUUGUGUGCUUCCCUCAGAGAAAGGGAAGAGUGACUGGAGCAUUUGCAUUUCUUUAGUAGGUGUUGUGUGCCUCCCUGGGGGGGAGGUAAGAAGUCACCUGAGCUUUUGAAUACGUAUACCUCCUCCCCCCUUUGUGUAGAUCUUUCAGCGUAUUGAAAAAUGAGUGACAGCAUUGCCACCAUGAAAGGUGAAGAUGUGUUAUUUGAUCUUUUAGAAAAACAUGGUGCUCGACCCUCUUUAUCAGGUGUGGAUUGGGCACGACAGAACUGGUAUAACUUGCAGAGUGUUUCGGACCGUAUUUGUGUUUUACAAAAUGAGGCUCGUACCCGAGUCGGAAAAGGAAAGGCGUUUAUUUGUGCCGUACUCGGGGCUGCUUUAAAAGCUGCCGUGGAGUUCCGAGAGGAAAAGCAUUCGGCAGCAGAAACCCAAGCUAUACAAGCACUACAGGAAUCAGUUAAAGUAACACAAGAACUGGUAAAAACUUUGCAGAAUCAAAUAGUGAACCUUGAGGAGCAAUUAGAAAGAGAGAAACAUAAUUCGGCUUUGUAGCAAAUGGCUUUUAAGGAACUGUUAAUGUCUAAGCAUGCCGACAAUACUGUCACCCAUAGUCUGCCUCACGAAAAAACUCUUCCUCAGGAGGAACUACAAAGAAUGAAGGAAAGGCUAGAUAAAUUAGAAAUGCCAAUAGCCCCAUUGCGCCCCUUGGUAAAAGCUGAAUAUACAUUCGAUAACGGUGAGGAUCUAGAUCCUCAAAUGAAUGUUAAGGAAAUUCCCUUCUCAGCCACUGAACUAGCAAAAUUGAAAAAAGAUUUUAGCCGCUCUCCAAACGAAUCUGAAACGUAUGUAUGGAGGGUUAGCCUCACUGGUGGAGACCAGAUUCUGCUAACAGAAAAGGAAGCGGAGGGCUAUUGGGGACCAGGAGUAUUUUUGACUACUGGCAACAAUCGUGCUCCCUGGUCCUUGACACAGAGGGCUGCCUAUUGGGCAGGUGGUCUCAACCCUCUAAAAAGGGGAGAUCCUCUUGCUAUUAUUGGAGCAGUUGAUCAGUUAGUAGAAAGUGUUCAAAAGGCUGCUUGUCUCCAAAUGAUGUACGAUAGAAAGCUGCAGCCACAUCAUGAAUCACCCACGAUGAUGCCCGUGGAUCCUGAAAGGAUGACCCCACUAAUUAGGGGGCUUCCAGAGUCGUUAAAACCUAUAGGUAUACAACUGCAAGGAAAAAUACAGGUAAUGUCUCAGGGAGAAAGAACCCGGGCAGCGUUGGAAGGAACAGUAACCCCCAACCAUCAGCAAUCAGGAUGCAAAGUAUGGACGUGGGGGGAGGUUGCCCAAGAGUUAGUUAAUUAUGGGAGAAAAUAUGGGCUGGUGGUUUCUUCCUCCAGUAAAUUUGAGCCUAGGGGAGUAAGGCUUGCAGCAGCCAGUCUUGCCCCCAGGCCACCUAGCCCAAAACUUAAUGGAACUGAAAAGGUUUUGUCCCCGAUAAGAACAGGUAGACGGAGCAUUGAUCAUAAACAUAAUGGACUGUGGACCCUGGGCUGGAAAAAGGGUAUUCCAUGAAAUUUGAUGGAUGGAUUGACGACAGAUAGGCUCGAGAUGCUGGUUGCUGGAUGGCCAACUAGACUUGAGGAAAGUAAAACCCCAGGUCCUAGUGCCCCUCCCACAGUACCUGAAGGGCUACCAGAGCCGUUGGGAAACUAGUUCCUUCACCCCUCUCAAGUGAGCGGGGGGGUGAAGGGUGAUUGCUUAUUAGGAGGCUCACAACUCAAGGCAGUGAUCUAUUAAUUACAUGCAUUGUUGAACCUAACUUAGUUCCAGUGACGUUUCUUGUAGGCGCAGGAGCACAAAUUUCAGCUCUGGAUUAUUCCUUCAUUUUGACCAUAUUAACAAAGCCCGAGAGGGCAAGUCUAUGUCUUGUUUUUGUUUUGCAGAAGAACUCUGUGGAACUCCGAACACAGUGGAUUUUAAUUGUUGGUAUUUUGGAGAUUCUGCAAUACCCUGGUGAAAUGUUAUCUUGGUUAAUUUGUUGUACUGUGUGGGCUGUAACCUCUAUAACAACCAGUUAUCCCCUCAUGGACUCUGGGAAUGGGGGGAAUGGUACAAUAUUGGAUUUGUGGUCAUUAUGCAUAUAAACCUGCAAACUGGACUGGGGUAUGUUAUGUUGGAGUAAUCCACCCAAUGUUCUUUUUACUUCCAGGAAAGGAUGGCAGUGAAUUAGGUGUCAGAGUAUAUGAUGAUCUCAAUCGACACAAGAGGUCUAUCGACACCUCCGUAACAUGCGGUAGUGGCCAAACUUGGGGCAAAGAUGACUGGCCUCCCCAGCGUAUAAUCAAACACUAUUGGCCAGCCACCUGGAACCCCAAUGAGUGGGUUAGUGGUGCUCGAGAGCCCAUCUAUAACCUAAAUCGUAUUAUCAGAUUGCAAGCCAUCCUCGAAAUAAAUACUAAUGAAACAGCAUAUGCCCUUGAUCUUGCAGAUCAAGCUUCACAGAUGCGGGCGGCAAUACUCCAGCAUCGCAUUGUUCUGGACUACCUGCUAGCCGAAGAAGGGGGGGUCUGUGGCAAAUGAAAUGACUCUACUUGUUGUCUAAAGACUGAUAACGGUAAAGUUGUUAAGCAAAUUGCCCAAGGUAUACGGAAAAUAGCACAUGUUCCUGUUCAAACUUGGAAAAGCCCAGACCUUGACCUCUUUUCCUGGCUCCCAGGUGGCCCAUGGGUAAAACGUAUCUUAUUUUAUCUGUUAUGUGCUGUUGAGACUCUCAUGUUCAUUCCUUGUAUGAUAACAGGUUUCAUUCAACUUAUCCAACGUGUUGUAUCCUCUAUGCAAUUCGUAACUUCGUCUGCGGAAGGAGAAGUCAAGCAGAUCAGGGCGACAUUUGCAAAAAACCCUGAUGAAUCUUUUGUAAUGAUUAUAUGAAGCUUUUAAUUCCCUGUCCCCCUCCCUUCUUUACCCCUAUGCUUGCUAUCUCUUUCUCACCAUCAUGGAUCACCAGUGUCCCAUUUUAAAGCAACCAUUGAGCCACGGGGUGGUGUAAGAGAUCAUUGUUUUGCAUCAUCAUUGUCUCAAAGCUUGCUGAGGACACAGACAAACAAGUUAAGGCCAGUCCUGGUCAAGGGUUGCGAGGUAUUUUGUCUGGAGAAGAUGGAUGGACAAGUCCUGGGAAAGGAUUGUGAAAUCUUUUGUCAAAGGGCCACAGAUGGACAAGGCCAGGGGCAACAAGAACUUAACUUAACCCCUUCCCGCUGUAGCUGUGCAGGGUGUAUGACGUGUGAAUGGGGAUGGGACAGGACAAUGAGAGUGAGAAUAGCCAUCAUCUGCAGAGAUCUCGGGAAACCGACAUCCCAGUGUGAGCACCAGAAUCCUGGGGAGGGGAGGGGGUGAAACAGAAAUUACUAACUUCGUAUUUCAGUAAUGUUCAGAAAGCCUGGAAAGUGAAAAGGGCUUGGGAAAAACACAGGCUGAGGAAGGCAAAUGAAAAUAGGUGCAUG